CAUGGAGGCUAAACACCAAUCAGAACUGGAGGAAAAGAACAGAAGAAUCAAGGAUUUAGAGGAGAGAAUCAGGAACAUGUCACAAGGUGCUGAAAUGGAGUGCUCCAGCACAGAGUGCAUAAGGGUGGUGCUGAUUGGGAAAACUGGAAAUGGGAAGAGCGCCUCUGCAAACACUAUCCUGGGCAGAGAUGAAUUUGAGUCUGAAUCCAGCACUGAUUCUGUGACAACAGUUUGCAAGAAGGCAGUCGGCAAAGUUGAUGCAAUAACAGUUUCUGUGGUGGACACACCUGGCCUUUUUGACACAAAAUUGUCUAAUGAAGAUGUUCAGCAAGAGAUAGUGAAAUGUGUUUCCCUGUCAGCUCCUGGACCCCAUGUGUUUAUCAUAGUGUUGAGUGUCGGGAGAAUCACACAGGAGGAGCUGGACACUUUGGACCUCAUAGAGAAAACCUUUGGUCCACGGGCAGGAAUGUUCUGCUUAGUUCUGUUUACUAGAGGAGAUGACUUGAAAAAGAAAUCAAUUCAAGAUUACAUUGGGAAAAGCACGAAUGCCAAACUGAAGAAACUGAUCAGAGAUUGUGGAGACAGAUUCCAUGUCUUCAACAACAACAACAACAAUAACCGCACACAGGUCACUGAGCUUCUUACGAAGAUGAACAAAAUGGUGUUCAUGAACAAGGGCAGUUUCUACACCAAUGAGAUGUUCCAGGAGGCAGAGGCAGCCAUUAAACAAAAACAGGAAGCAAUACUGAAGGAGAAAGAGACGGAGAUAAAGGCUGACAUGGAGAAACUGAAGGUCAGCCAUGAAACAGACAUGGAAAAGAUGAAGUCAAAGUUGGAAGAGGAGAGAUUGAAAGUUCAGGAGGAAAGACAGCUGAGAGAAAACAUGUUGAGAGAGAGAGAAGAAGCUAUUAGAAAAGAACAUGAAGACAAGGAGAAAGCAGAGAAGGAAGAAAGAGAGUUGGAGGUCAAAAAAAGGGAAGAAGAUGAAAAGUUGGAAAAAGAAAUAUGGGACACGGAAAAAGAGAUACAAACUCAGGAAAUAAAGUUGAAAAACCUCCAAAGAGAAAAGGAAGAAGAAUAUAAAAUGAGGAUGGAAAAACUGAGAAAAGAAGAGAACGUCAGAGAAGAACAGCUUCAAAAUCAAGAAAGGAAGUUUGAUAAACUAAAAAGGGAACAGGAGGAAGAAAUUAAAAGGAGAGAGAAAGAAGAGGAUGAGAGGAGAAAGAAGGAAGAGAAAGUAAGACAAGAGUGGCAAAGCAAAAUAGAGGAAGCAGAGAAAGGUCAAACAGAACUCCAAGAGGUCAUGCGUAGAGAAAAAGAGGAAUGGGAGGAACAAUUGAAGAAAGAAAGAGACAGACAACAGGAAGAAGAAAGGCUGAGGAGACAGAAGGAGGUAGAAACUCUUGUAGAACAAGAGAAAAAACAGAGGAGAUUGAGAGAGGAGUCUGAGGGCCUUACGACAGAGAGGGGGUCUGGCAGUGGAAUCCUCUCUGCGUGCUUUGCACGAAUGGUAGGUCCCAAAGGGAAGGUGAUAGGAAUUGACCACAUCAAGGAACUAGUAGAUGAUUCUAUAACCAAUGUAAAGAAAGAUGACCCCAGCUUGAUAACAUCAGGUAGAAUAAAACUAAUCGUGGGAGACGGCCGGAUGGGCCAUCCAGAGGAGGCGCCUUACGAUGCCAUCCACGUGGGCGCGGCAGCACCCAACGUGCCACAAGCACUCCUGGAUCAGCUGAAGCCAGGCGGCAGGCUGAUUCUACCCGUGGGGCCGGCCGGAGGGAACCAGAUGCUGGAGCAGUACGACAAACUGGAGGACGGCAGCACCAAGAUGAAGCCCCUGAUGGGGGUGAUUUACGUGCCUUUAACAGACAAAGAGAAGCAGUGGUCCAGGGAUGAACUUUGAGGCGACAAACUGUCCAUAUACCACAUUUUCAAUGUGAGCCUGGAGGAGACGACUUUGGGUUCCAACAACAGCCAUUGGAAUUCAAAACAUAAACCAUGGUGAUUUUGUUUUCUUUAUCAUGCUGAGGAAUAACCCCUGAGGUUGGGAAAAAUACUGUUAGAGAUUGAACAGAAGAAAGUGUCGGGGUUAGUCUUUUUUUCAGGCCUGCAUUUUUUMGGGGGGUUGUGAAUUUUUCCUUUUGAUUUGCUGCAGGAUUUUGAGUUUUUUGAAAUUUUUACAUUUUGGUUACAUCCGUGAGUUGCAAUCAACCAUUUCAACAAUAAUGCAUUUCAGCUCCAUCAAAGCUGAGUGUGAAGAGGUUGCCAGACUGAUCUGAUAAGGAAAGCCUGAGUUGAUGAGAUUAUUCACCCACUUGCUACCGAUUUUGCAUCUGAAGAUCUGAUUGUAGAUAUCUGUACUGCUCUGCUAACAUAUCACCCCCCCACACAGUAUUUAAACAGGCACACGCAGGCUGCACAAAUGGCUACUCUAUCCCACAUCCAGUUGUUUGACAUGCAGCACAUGACACUAAAUGGCAUUAAAGAAAGGACUAUUACACCUAGAUUUACUUGUACAGUUGGAUACAGGCAAAAGCCAAACCACAACACUCUACAACAAGAGUGGAGUACUUCCACAUGGUUUCAAUGACAACAUUGUGUGCAGGCUUUACUGAUGACCGACACUAAAUGAAAUAGCCGGUGCUUUGCCAAAAUAAGCCUCAAUGCAAAGAAAAUGAAUGUCUGUUGUUUUUUAAAAACAUGGAAUUAAAAAGCACAUUUAUUUUGGAUGGUCCAUGGCUUUCACAAUUUCUGGAAUGGCAAAAAUGAAAAUAAAGAGAUGCUUAUGUUUUUGUC